UCAUCAUCAUACUUCCACCCACCGGUGAUAGAUGCGAAAGCAGGUGUCGAACCAUCACCCAGACAACCCCGGUGCAACGGCAACGUUGGUACAGCGCAAUGGGUGACUCCCGCGGGACGACCGCGCGACCGCUCGUCCUGCUGCUGGUGCUUGUCGUAUGCGGCACGGGGACGGGUAGUUCCGUUGGUGCAACACCCACCGAAGUGCCCCAUCUCACGUCUCCAUCCAUCCCUCCCGUCCCGGUACAAGACAGCGUGCCGGAGAUGACGGUGAAAUCGUACGGCGGCAGCAAAACCACCAAACCGACACCGACGGCAAUCCCGGAGCCAGAGCUUUCCACCCAGCUGGAUUCGGCACGGCGCAGUAACUCAGGUGCAGUUCAUUUAAAUGGGACGACUGUGACAACAUCGGUGGCCUCUACCGAGGGGACCUCGACCACAGCAACAUCGUCGACGGCGACCACGACGACACCGUCCACAACAAUGACCAAGCGAAGGAUGACUAAUCGCGACAACAAGCUCAUGUCGGUGCUCCAAGCCCGCCGUACCGCACUGUCUCGGGACCGAUGGCGCAAGGAGUACACCCAACAUCCAUCAUCUUCCUCGCUAAAGGCUCGACAGCAGGCGAGCGUUGCGGGCAAUCUGGUCGAAGAUAGCAGCACGCCAGAAUCGAACCUUAUCGUACCGGUCAGCUCGUCGUCGUCCUCGUCCUCAUCCGGUCGCAUCGCUUCUGUCGAUGAGUUUCUCGACACGGACGAAUCGAUCCACGGCAUGUACGUGGUGAAUCCGCGCACGGGCAAGAUAGCUCUACAGCAGACGGGAUCGAGCAUUAAGCUAGCCAAAGAAACGAACAAUUUCAUCGCGGCCGUACCAGCGCCCGGUAAUAAAUCGCUUGAAAUAACCAAGCUCAUCUCGGCGAAAGGAGCCACCAUCACCAUUGCCCCACCGGUAACAUCCACCCUUCCGACGACGCUUCACUCGGGCCGAAGUCUGUAUCUGGAGACGCGCGGUAAGCGAUUGCGCGAUCGUAAAACCUUUCCUGCACUAUCGACCGAACGAUCGGUGGAAGAAAGCGAUCUCAUUCCGUAUCAGUUCUUCGGACAGAAGCUACUGCCUGCCCAUCACAAAGGGUUGGAUGCACGCAAUCAAGUCAUCAACACACGACGGACGCAUCUGAACAAGCUGAAAGAGGAUGCACUAAGUGAGAUGAAUGAUGCAAGCCUACCGAAACCGUCGACGGAGAAGAACAAGUUUUGGUCGAACCGCUAUCAGUCAAGGAACGUUGUAGCCCUCAAUAAUUAUCUACGCCGGGGAGGUUCCUUACCGAUCACGACAACAACAGCAGUGACAACGACAACGAGCAGAAGUACCACUUUAUAUCCGUCGACAACGACUUACAUCCUACAAGAAGCUGUUCCAGUACACUCGGAUGCACUUACCAACUCCAUGAUCGCUUUCAGUAAUCUGUCCGAUGGGAAUGAAGAGGACGAGAAGCAAGUCUUUUCACGCAGUGCAAACUUUACCACACCCAACAGGACUGAUUCUGAGUCCAGAUCGCCGAAUGAAGCUGAUCCAAAACCAUCAUUUGUAGAACCAUUGGAUAAUAUAGUACCUUCACAAACCGCUACCACCGAAAUUCCGAUCAAGUCUUUGGUCGAGGAGUAUGCUGGACCAGCUGGAUUGUAUGGUUCUGGGCUCAGUUCCGGUAUUUCUAAGCUGAUCAUCAACUACCCCGAUGAUGCAACUCCAGAAGACUUUUACCGACCAUUGAACACCUUUGAAACGCACGCUCAAAUUGUUAAUCUCCAGGAGGCAACCGAAGAUCCUGUACCAACGACUUCUGUCCCUGCUGUCGAUGAGGACUACGAAACACCGAGGAAUCUGGUGUCCAUUCCGGACAUUAAUCAGAUCUUCCGUAAUCUUUCCACACCCACCACGACGGAGAUGACGACCACGAGCACAACGCAAACAGCGCCCACCAGUACGUCAGCGACGGCUCCAGCACGAUCACGUCUCAAUACACGCGUUUACGUUCCCGUCAGUCGAUCAACAACGACUCGUACGAGUACGACUCCUCGACCAACUACUACUACCAGUACCACCACCACUACUACGACUACUACCUCGAUAACUACCACGGAACAGCCUGUGGAGGAAGAAACCGAACCACCAACGACGGUGUUGAUUCUUACAUCGAACCCUACCACAACGGAAGGAGCCAUCCCUUCAACGUCUACUACGAACCCUUCCACCUCAACAGAAGCUCCCGCAACUUCCGCAUUACCUUCGGUAACUGCUUCCGUCCCAGCGAGGACGACCACCUCAAGACACUUCAGGCCAUCGGCUCCACCUACGGUAGCUUCCCCACCGAAACCGACCAGACCUACUAUGAGUCCACCCGAGCACAGAACGGUUGCGAUCUUUACCGGCCUUCGACCGAAUCCACCCGAUCCAACACCCAUCAAUGGAAGCGAAGUAGAGCCCGGAUUCAAUCCAAUACUGUCUCACAUUUUCCCGAAACUAGCUGGCCCCAUACUGUCCACCCGCUCCCCAGCAAAUCUCGACUUUUCGCUCACAUUCACCUCACCGCCACCGGUCGAUCAUAGUUCCGGCACGAAGAAACCGGCUGUCUCGUUCGAUGGUGUACUACUGCAUCACAACAGUGACGUUGUGAUUGAGAUGCGCAAGAUGAAUACGGCCACCUUUGUGCUGGCCGGGCUUGGUAUGCUCCCGAUCGUCAUCAUCGUCCUGUACGUCAUCAAGGCAACGGUGUUCAACCGCGAGAAUAAGGUGUCGCACGAUCUGGAACGAUACAUCCCGGAUGGUCAGCCACCGAUCAGUCCGGUGGUGAGGCUGGAACAGUCGGACACAUCCAGCGCAACGGACGAAUCUAUCAUGACUGAGCACGAUUUUAAUCGUGGUAAUUUACGAUUCAAGAGCCUGCUCGGCGAAGGUAACUUUGGUCAGGUUUGGAAAGCGGAAGCGGAUGAUCUGGCGGGACAUCUUGGCACGACUCGCAUCGUGGCGGUAAAGACGGAACGAAGCGAUAAUGGUCACGGUGAUCUGAAGGCGGAAGCUGAGAUUAUGCGCAAGCUUGGAUCGCAUCCGAAUGUGGUGACUUUGUUGGGAGCAUGCCUGGAACAAGAUCCCCAACUGCUGAUCAUGGAGUACGCGAUGCGUGGUCGAUUACUAUCGCUGCUAAGAGCGGCCCGAGGAGCAGUCAAUGGAUUAGCUCCCUCGGUGCACAAUAAUCGACCACCGAUCAUGCCACUGUCUCCGCGACGGUUGACCGGUUUCGCCCAUGAUAUUGCCCGUGGCAUGGAAUACAUUUCGGAGAAGAAGAUCGUACAUCGUGAUCUUGCCGCGCGGAACGUGCUCCUAGACCAUAACGGUAUCUGCAAGAUCUGUGACUUUGGUAUGUCGGUCGAUCUGGAGAAGGUGAAAUCGUCGCACGCGCAGAUUCGAAUGCCACGAAACCAUCAUCACAGUGAGUCGAGAUUCAAGUUCGACCUCAGUGCCCGAUCGUUCGGUAUCGGUAGGCAUCACAACCAUGGACACGAUCACAGUGGUACUCAUGGAAGGCAUGGUGGCGGUGGUGGUGGUGCGGGUGGUGGAAGCGGAGGUGGUCACAGCAAUAGUCACGGGCAUGAUACGAAGAGUCGGCCAGCGCUGCCGAUACGCUGGAUGGCACCGGAAGCGUUACAGUAUCACAUAUUUUCCCGCGAAACGGACGUUUGGGCGUUCGGCAUUGUGCUGUGGGAGAUUGCUACCUUAGGCUGUACUCCCUACCCGAACCUUUCCGGUCGUGAAGUGGUCCGAAGUGUUCCGAACGGUGCUCGCCCAGAAGUACCGGCCGACUGUCGACCGGAGCUGUACGAUCUGAUGCAGCGAACCUGGCGGAAGGACCCAAGGCAACGGCCAACAUUUUCCGAGGCGCGCACCUGUCUCGCGAGGACACUCUGCCAGUGGCAGCUGGAGGACAACGAUACCUCAAAUACGUCCGAGUAUCUGGACGUGAGCGGGUUCAGUGAAGAUCUAGAACAGGGCAUGGUGUACUUUAACCGACGAAUAUCGGAGUUUGAGUGUGAAAUCUAA